UUUGUGACACCACGAUUGAUUCAACCACGCACACAUGACGAUGCAAUUUGUCCUCACAGGCCGACACACGAGCCUGCAGCUGUUCCAGUGACCACACAUGACUGCCUGCACGAUAGGUACAUUCCCUCCUCUGUUGGCCCUUCCGUGCACCGCAUCCAGCCAGCAUCUAGCGUCGAGCAAGAAGAUCGUUCUCGCCUCGACACACGCCGUCCACCCAUCGCUGCACAGUCUGUCGAGUCGAUACGAUCCAUCCCCUACCAUGCCACCACACAGACAGACAGACAUCAGCCCCACUGCAUCGAGCAUUUCACAGCACACACACACCAGGCCGCCCCUCCCUCUCAUGAGUCUCGGCAAAAAGUGAGGGUGGGUGGGUGGCGCAGUCUCAGUCGGUCGGUCGGUCAGUGGUCGAGUGAGGGGUCAAGUCGAGUGUCGGUCAACACAAGCAAGCGACGCAAGCGUUCCGAAAAAAGGGAAUGCCGCAGCAGUGCAAAGGGGGAGGGGGAAACGGGGGGACGGAGAUACGGAUGUCUUUGGUCUGUCUGUCUGUAGGGAGGGUGUCUCCGCGUCUCCCUCGACGGUCCCAUCGCUUCUGCGUAUGUCGCGUUAGCGCAUACGAGAGCGACAGGCCAGCCAUGAGAAACGGCGGAGGCCCACCCGUCCACAUGACACAGACAUAGUGAGAAUUAAUGCUUCAUGUACACGACGACAUACACGCAAUAACCAGACAGUGUCCGACCAAUCCAGCCAGCAGUGAUAGUCCAUCCAUCCAUCGGGGAGGCGUGGGCACCGAUAGGUCCUCUUGUACGAUGCCGGAACGGGUUACAGAUGCCUGAGUCCCAUGUGUGAUGGGACGCUGACAUCUCACUCGCCAUCACGGCAGCGCACAAGAGAAGCUAUCAGCCCACCCCAUAAACCGCAGGCACACAAUAACUGUUCUUACAACGAUACAUGUGAUAUAUAUGUGUGUGUGUGUGUGUGUGUUGCUCUCAGCUGAUGCCCCCGAUUCGCCCGCCAACAGUGAGGCCAAGGCUCUCCCCACUGAGUUGCGAGAGAGCCGUUGCCUCAAUGCCUGAGGAGUCAUCGUGGGCAUCUUCAGCAGAGCACACAGUAGUGAUUCCAGCAGACAGGCCAAGCCAACAGCGAUCUGUUCAAAUACGUCCGGCCGUCCGUCGCCACCCACACAAUGCGACCCCAUACCAUCCACACCCGCCAUAACGCACCAACCAACCACCACAAGGCAUCAAAAUCGUACACACCCACCCAUCCCUCCACCCCAACACGCACGACAAACACACACACACACACAUCCAUCCAUCCAUCCGCGCAUCAUGCCUCCGUCCUCAGUCGCUUCUCAGCCGCCCCCUCCUCCCUCUCCCUCUCUCCCUCCCCCCUGACCUCACUGUCAGCAGCACACGGCAGCAGCGCCCUCUUGCCGUUGCCGUUGAUGUCGUUGAUGUGGCCAUUGGUGCCGUUGACACCGUUGACCAUCAGCUUGGGGUUCGACGACGUGCUGGGCGACGGCGUGUCGGUGUUGUCGACGUGUGCGGGGGAGGGGCGCGCACUGUGCCGCUGGAAGAACUCCAGUGCACGCUUCAUGGCCGUCGAGAGGUCGGCGAGCAGAUCGGAGGCGUUCUCGAGACCGACGGACAGUCUGCAUGUGGUGUGUGAGAGAGAGAGAGAGAGAUGAAGAAGGAGAGGGAAAGAGUGUGUGUGUGGGUGUGUGUUGGCUGACCGGACGAUGUCCUCAGGGAUGCCCCUCAUGUCUUUUGGGAUGGAGGCGUGUGAGAGCACGCAGGGCAUCUCGAUGAGCGAGUUGCACGACCCGAACGACACCGAUAUCUUGAAGAUCUUGCAGAAGUCGCAGAUCUUGCGCGAAUACCGAACCGAACCCGUCUCGAAACUGAUCACCGAACCUGCACACAUACAUUCCCCACAUACACACUCUUCCCCUCUCUCCCUCUCCCUCUCCCUCUCUGUAUGUGUGCGGCAACACUGACCUCCGCCCCUUGAUUGGCUCUUGUGUAGCUCGAACGCGCCCUCAGGAUGGUCCUUGGGGUGUCCGGCGUAGUGCACCUUGCUCACGAGUGGGUGUUUGGCGAGGAACUCGGCGAUCUCGCUGGCGGUCUGCUGCAUGCGAUCGUGCCGGAUGGCGAGCGUCUUGAGGCCCCGCAACGUCAGCCAGCAGUCGAACGGCGACAGUGCUGAGCCCUCAGCAUUCUGAUAUGUUUACACACAUGAGAUGGGUGUUCGGUGCGGUCUGUGUGUUUGUUGGUGUGCUGGCGGGGUGGGGUAUGGUGGGUGCGUGGGCUCACUUGCACGAAGGCGAUCUGCCGGGCAAGGUCCUCAGACGAACAACACACAAAACCUGACAGACACCGAAUGCAACGCACAGAAUGUUGCAUGCUCAUCUCCUUUGUGUGUGUCUGAGUCUGUGUGUGUGUGUGUGGGUGGGUGUGUGGGUGUGGGUGUGUGUGUGGCUUACCGGCCAUGGUGUCGGAGUGUCCUGCGAGGAACUUGGUAGCCGAGUGAAUGAUGACGUCGGCGCCGAGCUUGAUGGGGUUCAUCAGGUAGGGGCUCAUCAUCGUGCUGUCAACCACCAGCCACGCCUUGUACUUGUGAGCCAAAUCUGACAUCCACACACACACACACACAAACGGAUGGAUGGGCACAGAGAGAUAGAGAUAAGGACGCCUGAUGCGCGCGCGCGCGUGUGCGUGUGUGUGUGUGUGUGCCUGACCGGCGCAUCUCCUGACGUCGCUGAUCCUCAUGAGAGGGUUGGACGGCGUCUCGAUGUACACGAUCUUGGUCUUGGAACUUAUCACACGGGCGAUCUCGUCCACGUCGGUGGUGUCGACGAAACGAGUCGCUAUGCCCUGAGAGAGGGAAUGACACAGAGACCGACAGAAAUGCACACGUGUGCCUGCCUAUUCAGCAAGGAAUGCGGGAGCGUGACGCACCGCACCCACCUGUUUGGCGCAGAUGCGCGUCAGAAGUCGGUGUGCGCCGCCAUAGAUGUCAUCACUGCAGAUGAUCUCAUCCCCAAUCUGCACACACCGACCGCACACAACACACGCCUCAAUGAAGGUCAAUCCACACAUCCAUGUGAGUGUGUGGUAGUGAACGUACGUCGCACAGCCUGGUCAUGGCGGUCAUGGCGGCCAUGCCCGAGUUGAAGGCAAAGGCCGCGUGCGCCGACUCCAGCGACGCCACCAACUCCUCUACUGCUGUGCGAGUGGGGUUACCAGAACUGUGUGAUCACACACACACACAAUGGCUCUCGUAUGCGUGUGUCUGUUGCUCCCUUGGUGCCUCCCUCCCUGCCUCCGUCACCCACUUCACUUACCGCGUGUAAUCGUAGGGCCCAAACCUCUCAAUGGAGGGCUGCUGGAAGGUGGCUGUCUGGUAGAUGGGCAUGCUAGUUGGGUGGUAAGGGUCCAGCUUGCAGGGGUCGAAGGCCACGAUGUGCGUGUCCAUGUUGGCCUCCUCCGGCUUAUCUUUGAAGGACGGCCGCACCGGGUACGUCGGCAGCUGGUUGUAGUCGAACCCGAGCAGGUGCUCCUCCUCGUCGCCCUCGUCAGCAGCCGUCGGGAAGGUGAUAUACCGAGGGUCGUUCUCCACGUUCGGGUCGCCGUGAGAGUGCGGCGAGGGGCUCCGCGGGCCGAGGUUGGGCGACUUGGGGUUGUGCGGGUCGGGCGUCAUCUUGACGCCGCUGCUAGUGGUGCUCGCCGGCUGCAGGCCUGCAGGAGACGACACCGGCCCGUUCGACGUCAUGAUGCGGGGUCACAAACACUAAGAAUGCGCCGUCGUGUCCUGAAAGCGCUCCUUUGGGACGAAUCAAGGACAGCAG